UUCGAGAAGUGCGACAGCCAGCGAUGCAGGCGGGAGGAAAGUCCAUGGAGCAGAUGCAAGCGGAGCAGAUGCGCAAGCAGGAGAACGAAGAGAUGAAGAAGCAGAUCCUCACGAGCCUCAUGACGCCGGCGGCCAAGGAGCGCUUGAGCCGCAUUGCGAUCGUGAAGCCCGAGAAGGCGCACGCGCUGGAAGACUUGAUCAUCCAAAUGGCGCAGCGCGGUCAGCUGCCGGGCCAGAUUGACGAGGCCAAGUUUAUUGAGCUCUUGAACCGCACGGGCGCUGCGGAAGAGCAGCAGCGCACCAAAGUCACGAUGAAGAGAAGGACGUAUUUCUCGGACGAAGAAGACGACGACGACGAUGACUUUUAAAGCGCCAGCGUCAUCCUACUGGCGAGACUACCCGACACGUUUGUAAAUGUACACGGUAGACAUGCCCCAGCU